UCGCUGUGACGUCAUUACGCUCCCCUCUGAGAGGCUAUGGCGCUUCCUGACUGGAUUGUUACGUUGGUCGUCACAGCAUCUUUCUUCUCCUUAUGUUUAUGCGUUCGCUUCCGACGCACGGGGCAGAUACUUGGGAGGAAAUUGUUCAGCAUCAUCAUGGCUCGCACAGAAAAGCCCUUAUUCAGAAUCGCGUACACACUAUACACCAGGACCAGACUCGGCUACAUGUACUACAAGAGACAAAUGAGGAAAGCCAGGGAACGCUACCCUGCUGGACACUCCACAGUUCUGCCCAUGGAAUUCAGUGGUAUGAAGAUCAUUCCCAUCUCUGUACUCUCAGACAACUACAGCUAUCUAAUAAUUGACGCGACUUCCAGCGUUGCAGUGGUUGUAGACCCUGCAGACCCUCAGACUGUUCAGGCAGUCAUCCAGGAGGAAGGAGUGCAACUAGAAGCCAUACUCUGUACACAUAAGCAUUGGGAUCACAGCGGAGGAAACAAAUGGCUGAAAAGGCUUUAUAGCUCAUGUCGAAUUUAUGGAAAUGCAGCUGAUAACAUUCCUGGUCUGACACACCCUCUGUCACACAAGGACUCUGUAACAGUCGGCUGUUUGCACUUUAAGGCCUUGUUUACGCCAGGUCACACAGUGGGCCACAUGAUCUACCUUCUGGAUGGCCGGGCCAUGGGUGCGCCCUCUAGUCUUUUCUCUGGUGACCUGGUGUUCCUGUCAGGUUGCGGGAGGAUGUUUGAAGGCAGUGCCACCACUAUGCUGUCUUCUCUGGAUACAGUUGGCUCCUUAAACGAUGACACUCUUCUUUGGCCUGGUCAUGAGUAUGCAGAGGACAAUCUGCUGUUUGCUGCUGAGGUGGAGCCACACAAUGCUGUCAGGGAAAACAAAUAUCAGUGGGUGCUGCAGCAGCGAGGCCAGAAACUUUGCACGAGUCCCUCCACUAUCGGGGAAGAGAAGGCAUACAAUCCUUUCCUGCGCAGCCACUGUGUAGAGCUCCAUUUGGCGCUGGGUCUCCGGCAGCUGGAGGAGGAGGACUGGAAUCAGUUCCGGGCUCGGGUGCUGGAGGAGCUACGCAAACACAAAGACCAGUACAACAGGAGAUAAAAAACUGGGAAAUGCCAAGUGAAUCUUUUAACUGUAGACUGCUGUGGGUAUUUGCAAGGGUUAUGAUCCCAGACCCCGGUGAAUAACGAAAAACCCGCUACUGAACCUUAUAUUGUACAUUAGGUACUCACCACUAAUGAAUGAUCUCUCUUGAAAGGGGUGCUGCCGCUCUGCAUGCUGCUGGGAGCUAGCUGUUAUAGCUAGCUAUCGGAAAAGGCAUUUCGGGGCUCCAGACUAACUAAACACAGUGGCCCCUAACUUGAAAUUUUAGGAGCGGAAGCAGAAAAUCUAGGGCCAUACACAAGAUCGACUUGCAAAGUAAACGUUCCCAUCUUCACUGCGUUACUGAUAAAUACUAUUAACUCCAAUACUGUUUUUCUCACGGUAAUAAGGGACAUAAUGUGUCAACCAGUAUACUUUUCUGGUGGCACAUGCAUGAGCAGAUGAAUUAUAUGCUCGCAAUGUCUCAUAUUCUAGUCAUAGAAUGUGGCCAUGUAGUCGCAGUCUGGAGCCCUGGUUUUCUCCAAGAUGAGUCUACAUAAUCCACACUGCUUGCCUGUUAUCAUUAUGGUCACGUGUGUUACCUCACUAUCACAGGGCCGGAUUGUAGCGAAGUUAACUGUCAGAAGCUAGCCACACAGGCCACCACCAUCUUUUGAUAUGUUAUUAUGCUGUACAUUUGAUGCUUUAUUAUACCAUAUAUAUAAAUUAUUACUGACCGGGGAAUGAGGUGGGUUUCUGAAAAGCACAAAAUGGGGGUUUUCCCACAGAUCAUUUGGGG